AUGCAAGGACUAUCGACUGACUGCGAAUUGAAAUGUGCGUUAGCUGAGGCCAUACCUUCCCAGCGAGAUCGAUUGAAGAGCAUAAAGACGGCAUUCGGUAGCAAGUCUCUUGGAGAAGUCACUGUCAACAUGGCUUUGGGAGGAAUGAGGGGGGUCCCCGGUUUGCUGUGGGAGACGUCUCUGCUCGAUGCCGAGGACGGUAUCCGUUUUCGUGGCCACACGAUCACCGAAUUGCAGCAGAAACUGCCGAAAGCAUGUCCAUCCGGCGAGCCACUGCCGGAGGGUUUACUUUGGUUGUUUUUGACCGGUAACAUGCCAAGCAAGGAGCAGGUCGUCGGGCUUUCUGCAGAACUUCGAAAACGGGCGGAUAUUCCGCCUCAAGUAUUCAAGGUAUUAGAAGCGCUUCCUGCCAAAACGCACCCUAUGACACAAUUAUCUUGUGCUAUCAUGUCCAUGCAGCCUGAUUCAAAAUUUGCCCGUGCAUAUCAAAACGGCUUGCGCAAAACUGAUUAUUGGGAUCCAACCUUCGAGGAUUCUCUCGACUGUAUUGCUCGAUUACCAGGUAUUGCGGCUGCAAUAUACCGUCGUACUUUCCGAAACGGAAGCCUCAUCAAAGCGGACCCUGUCCUCGACUGGGCUGGAAAUCUUGCACACAUGAUGGGCUAUUCCGAUCGGGGCGUUAAAGAGCUCAUGCGCCUUUACAUGACAAUUCACAGUGACCAUGAAGGAGGGAACGUGAGCGCACACGCGACUCAUCUGGUGGGGUCUGCCUUAUCGGACCCAUACCUCUCCUACGCAGCCGGUUUGAAUGGUUUGGCGGGUCCACUGCAUGGUUUAGCAAAUCAAGAAGUGCUCAAAUGGCUCAAUCAAGUCGAAAGUGAACUCGGCAGUGAUGUCUCUAGAGAAGAUUUGUCACGAUAUGUAUCUGCAACGCUAAAAUCUGGUCGUGUCGUGCCUGGCUAUGGACACGCCGUGCUCCGAAAGACUGACCCCCGAUUCACAUCUCAACGCGAAUUCGCACUCAAGCACCUUCCCGAUUAUCCAAAGUUCAAGCUCGUCAGCAAACUUUUUGAUGUGGUGCCUGCGGUGCUGGCAGAUACUGGGAAAGUUGCCAACCCUUGGCCAAAUGUCGAUGCGCACUCCGGAGUCCUGUUGCAGUUCUACGGCAUCACUGAACAGAACUUUUACACAGUACUGUUUGGAGUAAGCAGAGCUAUGGGGGUUUUGUCACAACUCGUACUUAGCCGUGCCAUGGGUCUUCCCAUUGAGAGACCGAAAAGUGUUACGACUGGGUGGCUUGAGAACAAGUUCGGAUAG